AUGUGGCUUGUGUUAAGCGAUCCAGGGAUGUGGAAAGUAGAAAAAGUGAUGGAGGGCGCUGAAAAGGGUAACAAACUAGGCAAUCAGCAUGAAAUUGAUUGCUGUCGUGAUCAGCAGCGAGGAAAUUUGUCAGAUGAAGAAUUUGACAAGGAGUUCUGGAUAAAGGUUCACCAGAGGCAGAAGAAAAGAUUGUCAUGGAACAGAGCUUUGGGUGAGGUUCAUGUUGAAAGAAUGAUUCAGAAGUACAAGGACAGUGGGGAACUAGACCAUGAGGAUCCAGCGCUUGUGAUGUUAAAACAGUGGCCAGCUUCAAAACAGUACCAAGAUAACCCCGAUAAACUUCAAGGCCUUGAACAAAAGAUUAAUCAGCUUUUAGAGAUUCUGUUAGAAAGUGAACUAAACUCAAAGAAGAGGUAUGAGAAGUUCAGAGAUACCAGGGUCAAGGCUGAGAAAACAUUGAUGCAUUAUGCAGCAGAACUUGGCUUUUUGCAUGUGACCAAAACACUUGUGAAGAAAUGUCCUCUGCUGCUUGCCAUGACAACAGAAGCUCAGCGAAAACCUUUCCAAAAAAGAGCUAUGUUACCAGUAGAAUUGGCAAUAGAGGCAGAGAAAGAUGAUGUGGCAGCUUAUUUGAUCAGAGUUAUGUGGUAUAAAAGAGUUCAAAGCUUAUUUUCCUGGACACCAGAUGAUAUGAUAAAUCCAAAACCAUCCUCCUGCAGUUUCAAGGCAGUCAUCCAGAAUCCUAAAAUGAAGAAAACAGUAGUGGCAGUGUUAGACCAGAUGAUGAACCCUCAUUGGCCAUAUCUUCCACGGCGCCAAGAAAACUAUGAAACUGAAUUAGAGAGAGAGGCUAUUGAAGGAGUCUGGAAAACAAUCUCUGAUGAUCCAUUAAACUAUUAUUUUUAUUAUCAUAUCUUGGAUGGAGAUGAGGGUGGACGGCCCCCAAAGAUUGUGGCCUCAGAUGGACAGCAGCAGAUAGAAAACAAAUAUUUCAACUGGAGAGAUAAUUCUUGUUUACAUGCAAUUGCAAUGAGCAACAACAAGGAGGCUUUGCAACAUCCUGUGGUCAGAAUGUUGAUUAAAACAAAAUGGAGAAGCUAUGGACACUUGUUCCUUAGCCUUCAAGCAGCAUUUCUUUGCAUCUUCUUGCUGUGCAUGUCAUUUUCUCUGCUGCAUGCGUCUAUCAGACUAGACUCCACCCGGUACAGUGGUGUGCUGGACUCACUACGUGGACUUUGUGAAGUUGUCACUCUUCUUAUGGUUGGUUUUUACGUCUGUGAGGAAAUAAAUCAGAUAAGAAUAGAGGGGCGUUCUUAUUUCACAGAGUGGAUGGCUCUGUUUGACUGGUUAGGCCUGCUGUUGAUCUUAUGUAUAAUACCGUUACGAUACAUUGCUCAUAAAGCUCAGUGGAUGGUGACAUCUUUGGCCUUCUUGUUCAACUUCAUGAGGAUCUUUAAGUUUUCAUGUGUGUCAAGGACUACAGGAUUAUACACAAAAACCUUGGCCAAAAUCAUAUUACAUGACGUCACACGAUCCAUGGCAGUUUUUGUUGUGAUCUUUUUCUCUUUCUGUGGGGCAUUGACUUUAUCACUCUGUUACUCUGGAUUUAGGGAAAACCAAGAACUUCGUGGUUUUGGAAACGUCUUGUUGAGCGGAUUUCAAGCACUGUCUGAUCAGUAUCCAAUGGUUGAAGACUACUCAACUUUCAACUGGCUGUCAGUUCUGCUGAUGAUGGCGUACAUGGGGACAGUGACUGUAAUUCUGCUCAACAUUCUCGUUGCACAAAUGAGCACGACCUACACACAGGCCAAGAAAGUCGCUCGCCUUGAAUAUGAUGUGGAUCGGAUUUUACAACUCACCCGCAUGGAGAGAUUUCCUUUUCUGAAUUUGCGUGUGAAAUAUUACAAGGAGGGAGACUGGAUCAGUGAAAUGAAUCUCGCAAAAGAGCUUCUUGAGUUCAGUGAAGAUCGGAAUCCGUGGGAGUCAGUCGAAGAAAAACUUAGUGCGAUCAG